CAGCGUGAGUGCCGCCGUGAUUCUGGGACAAUGAACGUUUGAACCCUACCAAGCAGACGGCGUCCCCUCGAAAUUUAAUUAUUAACCUGCAUGGAUUAGUACAGCUGUCGCUCGGUAAAUGCAUUGUUUUUGGACGCGCUAGUUACACUGCCCUGGUUCCGAUAUCAACACCUGGUCAUGCGCAUCAUCCGGUAAACUUACAGCCAUGUUUGCCGUCCCCCCACCUCCAACCCCCUAUAUUAGCCCGCCUCUCUUUCUGAAUCACGAUCAUAUCACCCUCAAUGUUGCCAAUCACACAUGCCUCGUCGUGCAAUCAUAGCACCCAAGUGCACGCUCAUACGGCGCAUUCAAGUUCUGAUCGCUCCUCAUCGCCAAGCACCACAGAUUCAUCAUGUGGUUCCGGUCAUCCACGGCUAAUGUCGCCGAUUCAAAACACGGAAAAUCUUUUUCGGACGAUCUUGAACAUCAGAAAAGGUUGGAAAACGCUCAAGGGCAAUUCUGAGCCUGUAUGGCCACCUUAUCUCGAAGCCAUGAUGCUGAAAGGUCUUCAAGAAUACAAGCCCGUUGACUCGCGGGAAACUCAAAUAUUGGGACGAUUUCCUAUGCGCAAUCGUUUCAUCUCAGAGUACAUUUAUCACAAAACGGGAAAACACAGAUCAUCAAAACAAAUAGGCAGCCGACUACAGCAAUUUAGGGACACAUCCGAGGGGCGGGAAUUGAUCGAUUCCCUCACCCGAUCUUAUCUCACUACGCGAACUGAAGUCGGCUCGUCACGGACGUUUUCCACUCAUAACCAUGUUUUUGAGGGUGAAUCCAUCCACUAUUUAUCUCUCAGAACAGAUUCUUCAUCUGCCUCAGCCUCCCCCACAUCCUCUCCAGCAAUGCCUUCCUCUAGACGCAACAACCUUCCUGACAACCGUACCCCAGUCUACAUCGACAUCUUACCCGACACCAACCCAUCCUCCUCACGUUCACGUACUUCAUACAAAGGUGUAACUCCAUCCCAACCUUCCUCCAACACACCCCGUUGCAUGAGAGACAUCGAUCCCACCGUAACCUUCGUCUCACCCUCCACUGUCAUCGGCAAAUCAUCCUACAUAGUCUUAUUAGAUGGCGCACCCAUACACAGCGAGGACACAAAGCUCGAAUGCGUCGGUCCUUAUUUUACCGGUGCUCCUGGUGACGGUCCGUUGCUCUAUAGCACAGCUCUAGUUCCCAAGUAUUGGGAAACCCUGUGCAAGUCACCAGACCCUACUGUAUACACCAUCAUUCAGGAUGUGUACCGUUCUCCAGAUUCAACAACUUCUUCAAGGAACUCGGGUCGUCCACGCCCAGUUCUCAUAUUCUCUGCUGUAUACCACUUUAGAUACUCAGCAUCUGCACGUGCGCCCCCACCUUCCAUCCCACAGCACUUGGCAUAUCAACCCAACCCUGCAUCUCUCUCUUACAACACUUAUCCUUAUCCCGACAUGCUCAACCCCACACGCCCCCACCCAUCUCACAUGUCUCCGGGUUUCGCGGACCAAGGGAUGUUUCAAUCGUACGACUACGGCACGCAAUAUCGGCUGGAUGAACCAUUCAGAUUGGACGUCAACAUGGAUAACUUUUCCCUCGAUGACUUCAUGAUCAAUAUUGACUCGCCUGAGGCGAUAUCAAAUGACAUAAUGGUUCAGUCAUCAUCAUCAAGCUUCCCGAAGGAUAUCCGGAAUUAUAUCAUGUAAAAAACUAUUGUGCAUUUAAUCGUAAUAUCAGCACGUAUUAAUAUUUAUUCUACAUAAUGGGUCCUCCGCGAUGAGCCCAGAUGGAGUUUCGUUCAUGUAGUUUCGUAUCAAUGGCUCGACUGAGGUUUGCGUUUUGUUGACUUCUACGUACGGGCAAUUUACGCCGCGCUUCUUGUCGUGCCGGUCAUCUGAUGUUAAGUAGGUCCGAUAUGUAUUACUACGCCGACACAGAACUCUUCAAAUUCAAACUCUUCUGAUGGAUAUUUCAAU